UUCUGCACCUCAGUCCUUACAUAACAGCUUUUCCUGCCUAGGAGUUUCUCCACUUGCCACUUUGGAGUGUGCAGUACAAGUGCAGUUUGUAAAUGGAUCCUCUCCCCUCCUCUCUCCCCACCCUUUCCUGUUGCCCCCAAUUCCAAAAUGACAAGGCUGUUCAUGCAAACACGCUGGAAGCAGCCUGAGCAGGUCCUGGGCACAUCCAGACCGGAGGAAGGAAAUCCAAGCGGCGUUUGCUUCCUGCGUGAGAAAUGCCAUCAUAAACUGGUUUGCUGCUGUGUCACAGUAUUUGCUGCCUGCCCACCAAUCCACUUCCAUUUGCCAUGUGGCAGUGCUGGCCCCUGGUUGGUGUCCACGUCUCCCAGAACCUUUCAGCACCAGUACCAGGCCUGGGUUCCAAGGUGGGCCAGCCGGAGGCAGGAAGGAAAGGGCUCUGGGUCUUGCCAGAGGACCCAACACUCAGGAGGCUGCAGAGAUCUCAGCCUGAGCAGAAGAUCCUUCAAUGGGAACAGAAACUGGGACCUGGACCGGGUGCUUGUGGAGGGAGCAUGCGCCCCUUAUGCAUCCGUUUAACCUGGGCAACAAAUGAAGGAGGCCCCAGAGACCAGAGGACUCUGUUGCGGGUGACAGCAGCUUUGCAGGAGUGAAGUUGUUCCACAGAUCCCGGAUCUCAUGGGGCUCCAUGACGCUCAUUGGCUCGGAAGCGAUGUGGGAGCAUCUGUGGAAAGGCAGCGCCUGAGCUGAGCAGCUUCUCCACUGUGCCCCUGGCUGCUUGAAUUCUGGAACCUGCCUUUCAGGAUGGCUGCCCCUGAAGCUUUCCCAGGUCUACGGCCCUGACGCAGGAGCUGGCGAGCUGCCACAGAUGCAGCCUGUCCCCCUCCGGGACCCCCUGGCACUGCUUGCCCAUGACUGGCCUCUCCCCACUUGCCCCUGUCAGCCUGCGUGGUGCGGGUGCCUGUGGAGAUCUCGAGAACUGACUCUCCCUUGCAUGCGCUAGAACCCGGCACCCGUUCCGCAGCCCCAAGAUGUCUCUGGAAUGGCUGGCAGGAUGGAGCGGGUCUCUGGACCGGCUGAGGGACUUGAUCGCCAGUGGGAUCCAGUCUGUGCGGGACUGCGACACCACCGCCCUGGGCACCGUGGCCUUCCUGCUGGCCAUGUUUGUGUGGUACUGCUACCACGUUGGGCGGGAGCAGCCCCGGACGUACGCCCUGGGGAACUCUCUCCUGCAGGGGGUGGACACCAAUGGCCUGCAGAAUGGCUACACCCACUGCCACUCCCCGGAGUGUGUCCGCUGUGCCCACAGCGACGGCCUGAACCAGAAACUCUACCACAACCUGCAGGAGUACGCCAAGCGCUACUCGUGGUCUGGGAUGGGCCGCAUCCGCAAGGGCAUCCGCGAGCAGGGCCGCUACCUCAGCAGCCGUCCCUCCAUCCAGAAGCCAGAGGUCUUCUUCCUGCCCGACCUGCCCACCAUGCCCUACUUCCCCCGCGAUGCCCAGAAGCACGACGUGGAGCUGCUGGAGCGCAACUUCCAGACCAUCGCCUGCGAGUUUGAGGCCCUGUACAAAGCCUUCUCCAACUGCAGCUUGCCCCAGGGCUGGAAGGCCAACAGCACACCCAGUGGCGAGUGGCUGACCUUCUACCUGGUCAACCAGGGCACCUGCGUGCCCCGGAACUGCCGCAAGUGCCCCCGGACCUAUCGCCUGCUGGGCAGCCUGCGCACCUGCAUUGGCAACAACGUUUUUGGGAAUGCCUGCAUCUCUGUCCUGACGCCGGGUGCCGUUAUCGCGGAGCACUACGGACCAACCAACAUCCGCAUCCGCUGCCACCUGGGACUGAAGACCCCCAGCAAUUGUGAACUUGUUGUGGGAGGGGAGCCCCAGUGCUGGGCGGAAGGGCGCUGCCUGCUCUUUGACGACUCUUUCCUGCACACGGCAUUCCAUGGUGGUGCCCCUGAGGAAGGACCCCGGGCCGUAUUCAUGGUGGACCUCUGGCACCCAAAUGUCGCUGCUGCCGAGCGCCAAGCCCUUGAUUUCAUCUUUGCUCCUGGACGAUGACGCAGCUUCCUUGGGCACAGCAGGCUGGAGGGCAGGCAGAGGGUGCCAUGCGGGGUGGCCUGGAGCCUGGAGCCCCCUCCCCAGUUGGCCUGCCUGUGCGAGGGUCUCACACACACAAACAAACUCCAUGUGUAGCUCCUUUGCACCAGGUUUUUGGUCGUGGAAAAUUCCACCUUGCAGUUUUCUUUCCUAUUCUUUGCUUGGGGGGGUGGAGGAGGGGCUCCCCAAGUCCUCCUUCCCACUCCCCACCUGCCCACCUUUCUACUCUGUGGUUGGGCACCGUGCCACUGUAGUGUGUUAACGUUGCUGUGUUUUGCAGUGUCCUGACUUUAGAAGCUAACAACCCUGAUGUUAUUGAUGAAUGUAGCCAUGUCAGUGUCACCUUGUCAUCUUUAAAGACAAAAGCACCCCCCAUUGGUCUAACUCAGAGGUGGGGGGGAAAGGGGGCUCUUCUUGCUGUAGCUUUUCAUGGGGGCUUGGAUGGCCUGGGGUCCAUUCUUCCCCCUACCUGUAAGAAAACAGGCCCCCUCCAACAUCUCUAUGUGCAACAGGUGAGAGCAGAGGUAGGAGGGACAAACUCUGUCCUCCCCCUAGCAUAGAGCAGUGGUGUGGGACCCCCAGCCCCCCUCUCUCUCAAGCUUUGCAUCAGCUUGCUUUGUGCCUUCUCCUUCCUUUUGGCCCCUGCUGCUUUCUGUCCUGGCCUUGAGCACUUGCUGCACAUUCCUGCAAGGAAGAGGCGGAUGCAGAGGUCGAGGGGGGUAGGUUGACCUCCUGGUAACUCCCCCCCCCCCAGCUGCCAAGGGGAGGCUGAGCAGCCUGUCAUGUAUCUGGGAGGUGCAGAGUGGGGGCAGAAGAGGAUUUAUUUGAUGCUCCCCUCCCAAUCAGAGUGGCUGGAGGGAGACUUAAAGCGCAGUGUGUUACAGCUGGGGAUAUUUGUGCCGGCAAAAACCACAAAGGCUAUCCAAUAAAAAGAAGUUUUGCUUAAA